CCUCUGCUUGCCACAAUCACACCACCACCUCCGAUAAAUAACGUGUCUUCCUCGUAUAAAUGAAUAUUAACAUAUACAAAUACUGACACAACUAAAGAGGGGUGACGUCUUGUCGUAUACACUUUUUGUGUUUACAUGCGGUUACUCUUCAUCGUGAUGGGUGACGCGGAAAGUGACAAUGAAGUUGAGUCGCGUUAGAAAGACGGAAGACAAUCCGAACGCCUGCUUGCCACCAGAAAACUAAAAGAAAAAGAAGAACGCCUACGUCCAAUUGCUGCUCUCAUGACAGUAGCUCCAAAACAACCAAAGAAACGAAAAGUUUUGUCUGAGGAGACAAAAAAAGAAAAACAGCUUACCCGAAAAAAGGACAGCCAGGAUCAACAUUGCCCCGGCUUUCACUUGCUGGCAUUAGCUCAAAGACAAGGGACUUCAGACCAACGCUGCCUUGGCUCUGUUCCUGCUAAACUAUGCAAUGGAUAAGCCUUUUGACCCAGAGGUCAAGUUCAAGUCACGCAAAGGCACAGCCGCGUCCGGACCAUUGCUGUUGGCCAGAGGACAGUGGUCCAGCAAAAUCGAGUUCCUCUUGGCAGUUGCGGGACAAAUCAUUGGACUUGGAAACGUGUGGAGAUUUCCUUACCUGUGCUACAAAAAUGGAGGCGGUGUGUUCUUUAUCCCUUAUGUACUCUUCCUCUUCACCUGCGGCAUCCCUUUGUUCCUGCUGGAGACGUCUCUGGGCCAAUACACCAAACAGGGCUCCAUCACCUGCUGGAAGAAAAUUUGUCCCCUCUUUGGAGGAAUGGGUUAUGGAAGUCAGGUGGUAGUGUUAUACUCCAGCAUCUAUUACAUCAUCAUAUUGGCAUGGGCCUUCGUGUACCUCUUCUCCUCCUUCAGCUCUGAGCUUCCAUGGGCAAGCUGCAGAAAUAGUUGGAACUCUGAAACAUGUGUGGAGUUCAGUCAUAGGCGUGUUCUCAACUGGACAAUGGCAGAAAACGCGACAUCACCUGUGAAAGAGUUUUGGGAGAGGAGAGUACUGAACUUGACAGGAAGUAUCCAUGAGUUGGGUGGUAUUCGAUGGGAGCUGGCUCUUUGUCUUCUCCUGUCCUGGAUCAUCUGUUACUUCUGUGUGUGGAAAGGAGUCAAGUCCACUGGAAAGGUUGUGUACUUCACCGCCACGUUUCCAUACCUGAUGCUUGCCGUGCUGCUCGUCCGUGGACUCACUCUGCCAGGGGCCUUAGACGGCAUCAAGUUUUACCUCUACCCAGAUCCAUCCCGCCUGAGUGAUCCCCAGGUCUGGAUGGACGCUGGCACGCAAAUAUUUUAUUCCUACGCUAUUUGCAUCGGCUGCUUGACGGCACUUGGCAGUUAUAACAAGUACAACAAUAACUGCUACAAGGACUGUGUCUACUUGUGCCUUCUGAAUAGCGGGACCAGCUUUGUGGCCGGCUUUGCCAUCUUUUCGGUUCUAGGGUUCAUGGCUUACGAACAAAACACAGACAUAUCCAAAGUAGCUGAAUCAGGUCCUGGCCUGGCGUUCAUCGCCUACCCUCGAGCGGUGGCCAUGAUGCCCUUUCCUCAGAUUUGGGCCAUCUUCUUUUUCAUCAUGAUCAUCCUGCUGGGAUUGGACAGUGAGUUUGUAGGUCUGGAAGCUCUCGCAACAGCCAUUUGUGACCUGAAGCCUUCCUUCUUCCACGUGGGCCAUCGGCGUAAACUCCUUCUGCUUAUCAUCAGCAUUUUCUGCUUCCUCGUCGGCCUUGUCAUGGUCACUGAAGGUGGACUGUACAUCUUCCAGCUGUUCGACUACUACGCCUGCAGCGGCAUGACUCUACUUCUCUUCGCCUUACUCCAGUCUGUGUGUAUUGGAUGGGUGUACGGAGCCGAUCGCUUUUACGACAACAUCCAGGACAUGAUCGGUUACAGACCUUUGGGCCUGAUAAAAUACUGCUUGAAAUACGUCACUCCAGUCAUCUGCAUGGGAACAUUUGUCUUUUCCUUGGUUAAAUACCAACCUCUGAAAUUCAACAACACCAUUGUGUAUCCAUGGUGGGGUUACGCUUUGGGCUGGUGGUUUACUCUGUCCUCCACACUCAACGUUCCUUUAUGGAUGAUCUACAACCUCAGCACCACUUCUGGGACACUUCGACAGCGGGUGGCCUUUCUAUGCACUUCAUCUGAAGAUCUGCCCUUGACCAAAUCUGACAAGAAAGCACUCAAACUGCACACCUUGGUGCCCAAAUCAGACGUCGUAGUGUGAGCAAGACACAGGAAACACUGUGAGGCACAACACACACUUGGAACUGUCUUGGCUAUCUCCGGUGAUUUAACAACAGCAAAGCACAACACACAUCAAUGAGCAUUGAGAGUGCACUGAAAGCACGCCUGGAUGGGUCCAUUCCUAUCCGCCAAUAUUUGAUGGUUCACAUGAAAGGAAGGAAAGACCACGGGUGAAAUUGUUUUGUUUUUAUUAGUGAUCAUAAAGCACAGUUUAACCUAUCAAUGGAAUUCCAUGGCUCAAAACUGCUUGUAACUGCCUGUAAAUGUUCAAAUGUGUCAAUUUAAGCUCAAUUUGUGUAUUUGUGGAGGUGCCAAUGAUGCCAUACAUUGAUCAUCGACACUUCGAACGCACAUUGCGGCCCCGGGCCCCACGACUACUUACUGUGCAUACUUGAACCUUGACUAAAGCAUAAAAUACAAAGUGUUGAGUCCUUUCCAGUCGUUGAUUGAAAAAAACGAUUUGGACAGGAAGUGCCUUAAAAAAAACUCCAGUUCUUCCAUUAUUAACUAAGAAACUAAACGGUACGCUCCAUUUGUCAAAUGUAUUGGAUUAUUCCUUAAAUAAGGUGCUUUUCAGGGGAGUUGCAGCAGGUCAAGAAAAAAAAGAAUGUCAUUUUCAAGCAGACCUUAUUCACUAAAGAGCGCAAAAAAAUGCUUCAAUUGUGUUUUGUUUUUUUGCAUAGUCUGUGCCACACUGCUUCCUUUAGUCACCAAUAUAGUGCAAUACUGCUGACUGCUAACAAAUGACCAUAGAAACACGCCACAAACACACAUUACUCUAGUAGAGAGGUAACUAGAAAUAAAGCAUUUAAAUCCAGACAAUUUUAAAUUGAAUCAGUCCACCUUUAUACUUCCUUUAUACUACUUGCGUCCUUUAUCAAUAUGUAUUCACCAAGAAAUAAAAAACGUGCACUAAAAAUCCUUUAUCUCUCAUACAAGCUUAACAAAAUCUAUUUUUAUUAUCAUUACUAUAUUUCCCAAGUGUUAAACGACCUUGAAUAUAGGGCUCAAAAGUGUGACAUGUAAACGCAACGUCUAAAUAGCUUAUUUACAUGGCUGAAUCCAAGACUCUGUCCUAAAGUUUGUUUUUUUUUUAACAAGUUGAAAACAUGGCGUGAACGUGCAACAUGAUUAACAUAACUAGGACUUGAAAUAUGUUUCUCCAGGAGACAGCACACAGUGACAAGUCUUACUGCCUUAAGGACCUGUCAGACAGUCUUCUCUUUCUGAUGUCAAAUUUUGAGGUAUUGCACACACCCGAAGUUGGUUUGUCCGUGAGCAUUUACCCACUUGACAUUCUGAAAUGUUUGGUCUGUAGAAAAACUUGACUCCAUUGACGAUCAAAAUACAGGACACGUCCAACAGCUUGCUAAAAUGUUGUCUAUUGGAUGUGCUCAUGUGGAUCAUUUCCGCCAAUUGUACUUAUUUUUUAAGGUGGUGCGCCUUCGCAACAGUUUGUUUUGUUAAUUGUUUUUCUUUUGUACAAUCCAGUUUGUUGCUCUCUCUCACAAUACUGCUGGUUGAGUACAGCCAUGUCAACAAAAACUUUCUCCAGCAAAAAUGACUUUCCAUCCCCACAAUGCAUUGCGAAAUCACAUGCCCUUUAAAGCCCUAUAAGACCUCUUUAUGGACCAGUUUUCAUGUUUUCAAUAUCACUGGAAAAAAACUGGUACAUUGUAAUAAAAAUAUAUUGUAUUUGUUUUGCUUCUGGACAAUCAUGCCUAACUGAUCACCGUUAUCUUUAAAUGAGAACGUUGCUAACAACCUACACUAUAUUGCAGUAUUUGGCCACCUGCCUUGACUCACAUAUGAUUGAAGUGCCAUCCCAUUCCUAACCCACAGGGUUCAAUAUGAUGUCGGUCCACCUUUUGCAGCUAUUACAGCUUCAACUCUUCUGGGAAGGCUGUCCACAAGGUUGCGGAGUGUGUUUAUAGGAAUUUUCGACCAUUCUUCCAAAAGCACAUUGGUGAGGUCACACACUGAUGUUGGUCGAGAAGGCCUGGCUCUCAGUCUCCGUUCUAAUUAAUCCCAAAGGUGUUCUAUUGGGUUCAGCUCAGGACUCUGUGCAGGCCAGUCAAGUUCAUCCUCACCAGACUGUCAUCCAUGUCUUUAUGGACCUUGCUUUGUGCACUGGUGCACAGUCAUGUUGGAAGAGGAAAGGGCCCACUCCAAACUGUUCCCACAAGGUUGGGAGCAUGGAAUUGUCCAAAAUGUUUUGGUAUCCUGGAGCAUUCAAAGUUUCUUUCACUGGAACUAAGGGGCCCAGCCCAACUCCUGAAAAACAACCCCACACCAUAAUUCCUCCUCCACCAAAUUUCACACUCGGCACAAUGCAGUCUGAAAUGUACCGUUCUCUUGGCAACCUUCAAACAGAGACACGUCCAUCAGAUUGCCAGAUGGAAAAGCGUGAUUCAUCACUCCAGAGUCUCCACUGCUCUAGAGUCCAGUGGCGACGUGCUUUACACCACUGCAUCCGACGCUUUGCAUUGGACUUGGUGAUGUAUGGCUUAGAUGCAAAUGCUCGGCCAUGGAAACCCUUUCCAUGAAGCUCUCUGCGUACUGUACGUGGGGUAAUUGGAAGGUCACAUGAAGUUUAAAGCUCUGUAGCAACUGACUGUGCAAAAAGUCGUCGAACUCUGUGCACUAUGUGCUUCAGCAUCCGCUGACCCUUCUCUGUCAGUUUACGUGGCCUACCACUCGGUGGCUGAGUUGCUGUUGUUCCCAAACUCUUCCAUUUUCUUAUAAUAAAGCCGACUUUGGAAUAUUUAGGAGCGAGGAAAUUUCAUGACUGGAUUUGUUGCACAGGUGGCAUCCUAUGACAGUUCCACGCUGGAAAUCACUGAGCUCCUGAGAAAUGUUUGUGGAAACAGUCUGCAUGCCUAAGUGCUUGAUUUUAUACACCAAGUGUUUAGGACACCUGAUUCUGAUUAUUUAUAUGGAUGGCCAAAUACUUUUGGCAAUAUAGUGUAUAAAACACGAGUAUCUGUAUCACACUGUCUUUGUCACUGCUGCGAGUGACGGGAAGAAAAGCUCCAGAGUUGCUUAGGGAGAAGUAGUUUUGUGCCACCUUUUGGUUUGCCUGUUUAAAUCUCCAGACCUCGAAAUAUAAGACGACCUGUCUUUUUUUCAAACUUUUUUUCUAGGGGAACAAUACCGUCGUCUUAAAUUUGCGUCUGUUGUAUAGCUGAAAUGACCGUCCAUAAAAUGACGCCAAGAUUAUUUGUUUGUUGGAAGUCUUGCCAACACACACAACCAAUCAGCUCCUUGAGUCGGUCAACAGAAGGAGACAGUAAAGUCCAGACCUGUACCAAGGCUGAUAAAUCCUCACCAACUUUUCAUAUACAGUGGAACCUCUAUUCAUGAACGCCUCUAUUUGCUUUCUUUUCGGGCUACGAACGUUAAGAUCUAGCCGAAUAUGCCUCGUGUGUGACCAAUUUUUUUUUUUUUUGCCGCUAGAAUCGC